ACAAAAAAUAAUGGCUUUAAUAAGUGAUUGAGUUAGUGAGUUUACAUGAAGUUGGGUAUUGUCAUCUGAUAUUUCCUUCUUCUUCUGACCUCUCUGACUUUACACCAUCAUCCCCACUUCUUUCCCAUAAUUGCUGACCUUUUUUUUGCUCUGUCUCUCUCUGUCUUCCUCACCUUAUCUUCAUUUAUUUCCCCUUUAAAUCCUUUUACCCACUCUUUUUGUGGUAAAAACUAGAUUGGGAAAGAGAGCCCCAGCUGCCUACUUUCUUAGUCUUUUUCUUGUGGUACUUGCAGCAGCACUUUCCCUAAACCAUAGCCAUAGUCUGCAACUUCAAGGCUAGCUAUUUAUACACAGGUGAAGAACAAGUACACUGACGACUAAGCUGUGCAAUCUUUCAAUUCUUCUCCUGAUCACUCAUAUAGAGGAAACAAGCUCUUGACUUCAACAUGAUAACAGUGCCAAACUUGAACUUGGAAUUUGAGAGUGAUAAUUUAGAAGUCACAAGCCAAGUAACUUCCAACAACAUAGCUCAGCAAGACGAAACCCCUGAUCCCUCCAAGGACAGCACCACUACUUCUUCCUGUCUCACAAAUCAGACAAACCUUGAACAAAAUCCUGGGCCUAUGUUCCUUGACUUAUCACUCCAAUUUAGCUCCAAUGACCUCGAAUUGAAGGGCAUGGCAGGGGAGACUAACAGUGAAAUAGAAGCAGCGCCUGAUUCAGAAGCAGCAAUUCCAAGGGUAUUCUCGUGCAACUACUGUAAGCGCAAGUUCUUUAGCUCUCAAGCAUUGGGCGGACAUCAGAAUGCUCAUAAGAGGGAGAGGACAAUGGCAAAGCGUGCAUUGCGGAUGGGAAUGUUUCCUGAUCACAGGUAUACUAGCUUGGCAUCUCUUCCCCUACACGGUUCUUCUGCUUCUGCCUUCCGGUCUCUUGGGAUCGAAGCUCACGCUGCAAUGCACCAAAACAUGUUGAUACAACCAGACCAGAGGCUACCUGUUCCUGACACAAGAGGUGUAGCAAGGUUUCAGCAGCAAGGCUACUAUGGAGUGCCGAUGCCAAUGCCACCAAUGCCAAUGUUCAUGGAAGAUGAUGAUGUGGCUAUGUUUUGGCCCGGGAGCUUUCGACAGGUGGGUGAGGGAAUCCGAGGUCAUUUCAAUGUGGAUCAAUAUGCCCAAAAUUCACGAAUGAUCAAUUCAGGAAGGACCGUGCCACCAAAAAGUAGUACAAGUUCAUCAUCUUCUUCACCUGAUCUUACUUUAAAGCUUUGAGAUCAGUUUUGGUUAUUUCUGUUUAGAUCGAUAUAAUAUUUCCUACUUAUUUAUAUUUAUUAAACACAACUUAAUUUGUACAGUGAGAUGUGCAUUAAUUUGUAACGGCUGCAGAGAUUUCUAAAUUUUGGUUUAUGCCUGUAUUUGUUUCGAGCUUAUAUAAGCAUGUGUGUUGCUGCUGCUUCUUGUUGCA